CCUUUUUCUUAAACUCUUGGCUUGCUCUCAAAAUCAGUCUAAGGACAUCAUGUUCUUAUGUAUUUUCAACUUUAGAAAGCACACUAAAAAACAUAUCAUUGAUUCUGAAUCAAAGUUUCAUAGGCUCACAGAUUUGGUAUUAUAAAGAUCUGGUGUUAUGCAGAAGAGCAGGGUCAAGGUUAAAAGUGAAGAAGUGAAUAGUAGUAACAGUGGAAGAAGAAUCAAAUGUUCUUAUCAUCCACUGAUCAAACAAGUCCUUCUAACAACAAUCCAUCAUCUUCUUCUAAUUUCUUACAUCUGACCAACUCUAGUGAUGAGUUAGGUCAAUCACAUCUUUCAAGUUUCUCCAUCAGAGAUUAUGCAUUUAGUUACCGGACUAAGAACAUCAAGAAAAGUUGGCCUUUUUCUUCAACAAGUUUGCAACUUUGUUUAAAACAUGGCUUAAGUGAUCCAUUGCCACCGAUACAGCCUCUUGGCACUGUGAUAAGCCAUCUUCCUGAAGUGAAGAAGCCAAACAUAACUCAUGUCGAAGCGAUAAGUAACAAGAAAAAGUCAGAGAAACUUGGCUCUAAUCAGACAUUAGUAGAGACUAAACAAGGCUUUGAGAAUGGUUUGUUGGCCAGUGGUUCGAAAUCCAAAAUACAAGUAGCUAUGGUAAACAAGACUCCUAGAAAAAAGGGUGGAUUAGUAGUGAAACCUGGAGCUUGUGUGGAUAGUGGAUCAAAAGAAGAUCAUAGUUGCCUCUUUUCAGCUUCUGAAUCUAUGGCUUUGAGAACUUGUCCCAUCUGCAAAACCUUCUCGUCUGCUUCUAACACUACUUUAAAUGCGCACAUGGAUCAGUGUCUAUCUGUUGACACGGGACAGCAGCUGAUUAGUAAGCCAAACAGGCCUAAGACUAAGCCACGGUUGAAAGUUAAAUCGAUGAUUGAUAUCUACGCUUCUGCGAAAGAAGACACAUUAGAAGAUCUUGAUAAAAGAAAUGGAACUAAGUGGGCUGUGAUUUCGAGCUACUCUAACCGGGUUGUGUCUGAUAAUAAGUCUGAAGUGUGCAACAAAGAAAAGAAGCGGAGCGUGUUGCGUGUUCGCAUUGAUGAAGAUGCUGCUGGCAUUGGACCUGUUUACAUUGAUGCUAAGGGCCAAAAACUGCGGAUUUUAUCUAAGUUUAACGAGAAAGCUUCUGAUCCAUCAAGAGAGCAUGAAGAUGUUUGUGAGAAGAAAUCUUCUAGUGAAGGUAAAGGGAGCAAAAGCUUUAAGAAAAAACUUCGGGGAGAGAAAUAUUACAAGCAUCGUAAACUAGUUCCUCAAACCAGAAAACUCACUGUUCAUAAAGGCAAUGCUUCAGAGAUGCCGGAGUAUCCAAGAGGAUAUUCUGAAGAAGGUAAAGACUUUGAGAGGUUAGAAACUUCAGGUCCUGGUCAGCGUAGAAUUUUCAACCAGCGGAUACUAACAAAACGUCGUCUUUCAAGACAUGGAAAUAAGAAUGGGACAAAAUUUUGUGACCAGCCAUCUGAGAAUGGGCAUUCAUUGUCAGAAGAUCCUCUUGUAUCAAGAGGUCCAAGUCAUGUGAGUACUGAUUUAUCCGAGACAGUUUCUUCUCCUUUAAACAGUCUAGGGUCAUGGAGAAUUUGUGGGGAGAGCCAAGUCUCUGGAAAGAGCUGGGCUUUGUCUAGGAACAAAAGCGUUGAAAGUGAUUUAUUUGUAGCAAAUCCCUUGAGAUGUUCAAUACCUGUGGAGAAGGAGUUUUCAUCCAACUUAUCCAAGGCAAAAGGCUUUAUGAAGUUCAAGAAAGCUCGAUUGGAUUUCUCAGAGAAUGAAGAUACAGGGAAAUGGGAGUCUGAAAUGACUCAAGAACGUGAACUAAGUGAUUAUGAUGAUUGGGAUGCUGAUGAUGGAGAAACUGAUAAGGUUGUGCUAAGCUCAAAUCCUUCGUUUAGUGGGGAAGAUAAUGAUUAUGAAAGCUAUGAAGAGACUGGUAAUAACAAAGGAGAUGAUGAUAUGUUGGACAAAAAUAAUGAUGCAGAUGUUGAGUUUGAAAGCAUGAUUUAUGAGAAAACUGGUUGCGAAACUGCGGAACAAGAAAGCUCGUUCAUGGAGGUUGAUCCCAUUCCUAUUCCAGGACCUCCGGGAUCAUUUUUACCGAGUCCUUGGGAUAUGGGAAGUGAUGCAAUUGAACAUCAUGGAAACUCUUCAGUUAUCACAAGCCAAGUCCACUCUUCACAAGAUCAGUUUGAUCUCACUGACAGAAAUUCAUCGGAAUCACCUGUUUCAGCGAUUUCACACUUUGCCGCUCCUGAAACACAGACAUUAAGUCUUCAUAACAUCAUCACCAUUGACAAGAGACCUUCCAGAUUCAGAGAUAGUGAUCAAUCAUGUUGUUGCCAAAGAAAGGAGAAAGCUCUUGAAGAUACCACAUUUUGUCAACCACCACAACGCAUGAUCCAACAAGAUUUGGAUUUCCUGAGUAAGUCUGUGCCUGCGGUUCCUUCAAAUCCCAACCCGGUGUUGCGGCUAAUGGGAAAGGAUUUGAUGGUUAUUAACCAAAGAGAAGAGCCUUCACACGACGAAUCAAGUCCAAAAACAACCUCUCAGUAUCUAGAUCUUUCUAAGACACAACAAGCAUCUCCUUCUGUUAAUCAUCUUCAUCGUCCUUAUGGUGGAAGCGGUUAUUUCGACACCAGCACAAGGUUCUACAACAUUCCAUGAAAAUUCAGAUCAAGAACUCUACUUUUCUCCAAGAUACGAUAUAUAUUCCAUGGCAUUUCAGAUCAAAGUCCAGGCAUUUUCCUUAAGCU